AGAAGGUUUCAUAAUUCAGAUACUUCAAAAUAUUCUUUACCAAAUGAUAAGACUGAACUUGAUAGAUUAGAAUUAUCUCAUGGUUUACUUAAACAUGCAUUUGAUGGUAAUUAUUCUUCUCCGAUGCAUGAUCAAUUAAAAGAUGGAAUUACUGUAUUAGAUAUUGGGUGUGGAACAGGAAAAUGGACAAUUGAAAAUGCAGUAGAAUAUCCUCAAAGUACUUUUGUCGGAAUAGAUAUGUCCCCAAUAUUUCCAACAGAAGAUAGACCACAGAAUGCGGGUUUUAUUGAAUGUAAUGUGCUUUAUGGACUUCCUUUUCCUUCAAACACGUUCGAUUUUAUACAUCAACGAUUACUUCACGCUGCAUUUACUGAAGAACAAUGGAUGAAAGUGAUAAAAGAAAUAAUGAGGGUGUUAAAACCUUCAGGAUACGUAGAAUUUUUGGAAUUGGAU